AUGGUCCAGAUCCAAGAGCUCCCAGUAGAGCUUUUGAGACAAGUCCUUGAAUUCCUUACCGAUUUUGAAGAUGAACCCUUGGAUACUGCAGUUAGAGGCGCCCAAGCGAAUGAUGCUAACGAGGACAAACUCGAAAUUGGUAGGGACAGUGAAGAAGACGAUGAUUUCGAUAAAUUGAAAGAUUUACGCAAUAUCUGCUUGGUCUCACAGUUUUUUCGCGAGCUAUCCCAGCCGCUUCUGUUUCGCGACUUUGAUGAGGAUGGCUUGUCUGGCAACAUGUCGAAGAUUGUUUCAUUUACUAAGUCUCUCUAUCGCAACCCAGAACUGGGAAAAUACGUGCAACGUGUCUCCAUUAUGAAUCCGGAGCCACUAGGGCCACUUAGCAUGGACAUUGAUGACGAGGAUUUCAAGUUAUUUAAGGACGCAAUUCUUAAGUUACGAUUAGCUGACCUGGAGGAGCGAGUUUGGAUUGCGGCUACAAAAAAAUCAGACCUCAGCCUUUACAUAGCCCUCAUUGUUAAUAAGACCCCUAACCUUCGCCAACUGUGUCUACCGGGCGGAGAAUUCUCAAUGAAGCCUAUUAUCCAACUCUUCGGCAGAAAUUCGUCACUUUUGCCCAAUCUGGAGCUUUUGUGGAUUGACGCUGAUGAUGAAUGUGCCGGUUACCCUAUUAUGUCCUAUGAGAAAAUAUUCACCCUUCCCAAGCUUGCGAAUGCGAACUUUGAGUAUGGCGACCUCGACAAUACAACGUUCCCAGCUUCCUGGACGCCUGGAGUGUUGGCAAUGGAAGAGUUGGCAUUUCAUCACUGCUAUAUUGACUCUAAUGCCCUACCAAAGCUUUUACAGGCGUGCAAGAAAUUGAAAUCGUUUGCUUAUGACAAUUUUGGCUUGGACCCACGGGAUCACCGAACGCCGACUCCAAAAGAUGUACCCGAGUUCAACGCUGCACAAGCCCAAAAAGCCCUCCUCCCACACAAAGACAGCCUGGAACAUUUCCACCUUGCUUUUGCGUGGGAACCGUGGGAAAUCGAGGAUAUUGCGGAAUAUGUAUCAAACCAGAUCAAAAUCGGCUCGUUUCGCGACUUCAGCGUGCUCGAGACCAUUGUCAUCUCACAUGAACUUCUUCCACCACACCCUCAGUUCCCUCUAUCCCUCAAAACACUCCAUGUUACGAACUGCAAUCUGUCUAUUCGGGAUAUGGCUCAAAAUAUUGUGAAUGAUUGUAAAAAUGAUCUUUACCCCAACUUCACCGAUUUCCUGGUACUUGCAGCAGACAUCACUCGGCCCAUCAAGUUACCAGGGCAGGUUAUUCCACCAGGACAAACACCGGAACAAUGUUUUAUCAGUCUUAAGAAUAUGUUCAACGGAACCAAUGUAGACUUUCGAAUAUGUCCAUAUAAAUUACCCGACUUUGGUGAUGACCCUGAUGAGUCGGAUCUUGAAUAUGAAGAUGACGAUGGGUUUUUCGAGCCACACGGUCCUGGGACGAACCAAUUGGCAGGGCUUCUUCAUAUGAUUAUGCAACAUUCGCCGGACGAUCCCGAGUCUGCGCCAAAUGGGUUUUAUGCAGCAAGUGAUGAUUCAUGGGAAACACAGGGCAGCGAUUGA